CGACGCGUGAGUGACGGCUGGGGAGAGGUCGCGUUUGCUGACAGCCCUGGCAAAGUAUCGUCUUCCAUGAAUAUGAUCUGCUGUCCUUCCAGAAACGUUGUCUCUCUCCAUUCCAUCCGGAUGAUGGAUGCCAUUCCCAGUAUUCACGCUUGGACUGACCGUGAGGAUUAACAUUUGGAUUAUUUCAAGAUGAGCUUCUUGUUGCCCAAGCUGACCAGCAAAAAAGAAGUAGACCAGGCAAUAAAAGGGACUGCCGAGAAGGUGCUGGUUCUCAGGUUUGGGAGGGACGAGGAUCCCGUCUGUCUGCAGCUAGAUGAUAUUCUUUCCAAGACCUCGUCUGAUUUAGGUAAAAUGGCUACUAUAUACCUGGUAGAUGUGGAUCAGACUCCAGUGUAUACCCAGUAUUUUGACAUCAGUUAUAUUCCAUCGACUGUAUUUUUCUUUAAUGGACAGCAUAUGAAAGUGGACUAUGGGUCCCCAGAUCACACUAAGUUUGUGGGAAGUUUCAAAACCAAACAAGACUUCAUAGAUUUGAUUGAAGUAAUCUACCGAGGCGCCAUGCGGGGGAAACUUAUUGUCCAAAGCCCUAUUGAUCCUCAUAAUAUUCCCAAAUACGACCUCCUCUAUCAAGACAUUUAGCUCACCAACUGCUGUCAACAUAGAGAGAAUGACACACCUCGACACAGCGCCUGAACCAGCUGCGCUCCGCUGGGAGUCCUUUGGAAGCAAGUUCGCGUUCUGGCAGAGACGGUUGUGUGAAGAAAAGCAAGCCUGGCUCUCGGGAGAGGACCACGUUGGUAUUCAGAUGAUUCAGACUUCUGGGAUGUCUCCGUUUCUACUACCUGCAAGCAGCUGAGCAGUAAAGUCACACAGCAAUCAAGUUGCCGGGAGCAAUAUUGUGAACACCACUUUUUUUCUUUUUUUCAUAUUCAUUGUCAACUUAGGUAUAUUUGAAAAUACAGCAAAAUGACCUCAAUUUAAAAUUUAUGGUUACAUAUUAUAAGAUAUUUCCUUUCUUUUUUUUUUUAAAUCAUUUUAUUAGGGGCUCAUACAACUCUUACACCACUUUAUUUUUUGUCACCACUUUAUAUUGUAUUUUUGGAAUUCUUUAAGACAAAACAUUGUCUAGCACAAUUUGACUUAGCUAUGCUUAUUAGCUAGAUGAUUAAAAUGGGAAGUCACUUCCCCAAGAGCAAAAAUACUUGUUUUCUACCUAGAUUGACAUACAUACCCUUACCCAAUUCUCCACUCGGAUGUUCUUUACUUUACUCUCACUUUCUUAUCUGCAGUUGAAUUACUCCGUGUCUCUUAGAAUAAAAUAAUUCUGUACAGAUAGCA